ACAAACAAACAUUGCUGAAUUCAUUCUCUCAAUUUGUUUGUUCAUUUUUUUCCCCAAUCAGAGUGAGAAAGAAGAGGAGAGAGAGAUCCGACACCAUGUCGACCACUUCCGUCCUGUUAAUCCUCCUCUCACUCGCCUCACUCGCCGCCGCUGAGAUCCGCGUCUCGGAAAUCCGAUCCGACGCCCGCCCUAUCAUCCCCUUCGACGAGUUCGGUUUUACCCACCGCGGCCAGUUGGAGCUCAACAUCACCCGCCUCUCCCUAUCGGGGACCACCCCUGACCUGCCGGCGCUCUCCAAGGUAGGGUUCUUCCUCUGCACGCGUGACGCGUGGCUCCACGUGCUCCAGCAGAUCGAGGACGCCGAGAUCAACUGCGCCCUCGUAUCCGACGUCGUACACAAGGUCUUCACCUUCGACCGCCUCCCCGACCUCACCACCGCUGACGUAAAUUUCCUAUACGCCGAGUCCGUCGCCGAUCAGUACACGCUCGUCUUCGCCAACUGCCUCUCGCAGCUCAAGGUCUCCAUGAACGUCCGCUCCGCCAUGUACAACCUCGAGGACGGAAAGUCCAACCGCCGCGACUAUCUCUCCGCCGGCAAGACGGCUCUCCCUAAGCUUUACUUCCUCUUCUCCGUCGUGUAUUUCUCGAUCGCCGCCCUCUGGAUCUCCAUCCUGUACAAGAAGAGGCUCACCAUUUACGGUAUCCACUUCUUCAUGUUGGGCGUCGUCCUUCUAAAGGCGGCCAAUUUACUCUGCGAGGCGGAGGACAAAUCCUACAUCAAACACACCGGAUCGGCCCAUGGCUGGGAUGUGUUGUUCUACAUAUUCAGCUUCUUAAAGGGAGUCACUCUCUUCACUUUAAUCGUUCUGAUUGGUACCGGGUGGUCCUUCUUGAAACCCUACUUGCAGGACAAGGAAAAAAAAGUUCUGAUGAUCGUAAUUCCACUUCAGGUAGUUGCAAAUAUCGCGCAGGUCGUAAUCGAUGAAACGGGCCCCUUCGGUCAGGAUUGGGUCACAUGGAAACAAGUUUUCUUGCUAGUCGAUGUCAUAUGUUGCUGCGCGGUGCUCUUCCCUAUCGUCUGGUCGAUCAAGAACCUGCGGGAGGCGGCAAAAACCGACGGAAAAGCUGCGGUGAAUUUGAUGAAGCUGACUCUGUUCAGGCACUACUACAUUGUGGUGAUAUGCUAUAUUUACUUUACGAGGGUCGUGGUUUAUGCAUUGGAAACAAUUACUUCGUACAAGUACCUGUGGACUAGUGUUGUUGCCGGGGAAUUGGCCACAUUGGCUUUCUACGUGUUCACGGGGUACAAGUUCAGACCCGAGGCGCACAACCCGUAUUUUGUUAUUGACGAUGAAGAAGAGGAGGCUGCAGCUGAGCAGUUGAAGCUUGAAGACGAGUUUGAACUAUGAGGUAGAUGUUGCUUCCCGUUAUACGAAUUGUUGUCCAGUUCUUUCGUUGUGCUCGAUUUUAAGAUUCGGAUAUAUAUAAAUAUAUAUAUGUAUACAUGGAACUACUUGUGUGUAAUCUUGAAAACUUGGAUGUGCGUCGAUUGUUUUUGGAAGGAGAAUGAAUAGUUGAGAACUCAGAGAGGAAUAAUGUAUUUGGUUAAUAUCUUGUUGGUCGUCCGUCCGUUACGUUAUCGUUUUACGAUUGAUCUU